AUGCAGCAACAACUAGAUAAAGUAAUGGAGGAAGCCGAUGGCUAUAUGGAAAGCCUAGAGAAGCAAGAGAAUCCAUGGGUGAACCUGUUCAAGCAAAAUAGACUAGCGUCACACGGUAUGCCUCUUAAAUAUAUACCGCCUAGUAUAGUGGAUGGUGAAAUUGUUGUGGAAUUAGACAAAGCCGAAGUCGAAAAAGAAAAUGCGAAAUGGAGGUGUGCGUUGAUUGCGUAUGUGAUAGGUGAAGUACUAGGGUACAAAUACAUGAGGAGAUAUAUUGAUAGAACGUGGGUAGAUGUAACUGAACCAGAGCUAUUUUUACAUGAAAAAGGGUAUUAUGUUGUUAAGUUCCAAGAUAUAGGGGAUAUGAAAAAAGUACUAUGCUCUGGCCCUCACACAAUAAACAACAAACCCAUUAUUCUGAAGCAGUGGUCAGCACACCUAGAUUUUGAAGCUGAGUUUCUUACUGAGAUACCCCUUUGGGUCACCUUCCCCAACCUACCAAUGAGUUGUUGGGGUAGUGAUUCACUUAGUAGGGUUGCAAGUGCAGUAGGUCACCUAACUUUUGCAGAUGAAUGUACAACAAAACAGACCAGAAUCUCGUUUGCAUAUAUGCUGAUAGAAGUUAAUGUUACUAAACCAUUGCCGGCCAUGGAAAAUGUAAUAGACCCUAAUGGUAUAAAAUUCCAACAAGAUGUGGCAUUUGAUUGGAAGCCAGAGUACUAUGGGCAAUGUUUAAAAAUAGGACAUGAAUGCCCUCCACCUUGUGCACCUCCGCCUCCCAAUGAGCAACCUAACCCUGCUGCUCAACCUGAAUAG